UAAGGAUGGUUCGGGUAAAAUGCUUCCCGGGUACCACACGCGGGUCAAAAUCCCUCAGCUUCCCUUUUACGCCUCAUUUUUCAAAUCACGCCUCAGAGAGAAAAGAGAGAAGACGAACAGCGAGAGAAAUGCGAAGGACGAAGAACAACGAAGAAGAAGAAGAUAGAUCGGUCUCUCUCUCUCCCUCUCUCUCGCUGACUCUCUCUAUCUCUUUGAACGACUAGGGUUUUGUUCUUCUUUUUGCAGAAGAAGAAGAAGAAAUCGAACGAAGAAGAUGAUGACGAAACACCAAGAUAUGCCACCACCGACCGUCCGCUAACCAAGGUCUAUGUGGCUUGAAAAAAAUGAGCGAGUAUGGUGAAGGGAGUCGUAUCCAAGUGCCGAUUAUUCAUGACCAUAGUUUGAAAGAACUGCUUCAAGUGAGGGCAAGGGGUUAUGGUAAAAGACUCAGGGGAGGGAAAGAGAAGGCUGCCAAGAAGGAUUGGCGUUGUAACGGUUGUGGGUUAACAGGGCAAUCGCACGACAAAAGAAAUUGUCCAAAACUUCUCAGCACCUCUUCGCAAAAUAGUAGGAUGAAUGACGACAACGACAUUGACAUUAACUAUGCGAUGCCAAUGAUUGUAAGUGUUUAUUAUAAAAUGCUUCAAAUAUUUCUUGCACCGUUGUUUCCCAUGGGAUUCUGUGGUACAUCUCAUAUUUACACAUUCGGCUUGCAGGAUGAAUUGGUGUUGCUGUUUGGAACUGCUUUGUGGAACUGUUUGGUGGGUUUUUUUUUCAGUUUUGGAGAUCUGCUAUCUGUUCUUUUGGAGGCUGAAUUGGUGGCAUGUUUAGAAGACUUGAUUUGUGGGUGUUGUUCACUGUUUGGAACUGCUGUUCACAGAUUUUAAUGAGAACUUUAAGCUUGUGUUCUCUUUAUUUUGUGGUGUAUUGUAGAACAAAAAGUUGCAUAUGAUUAAUGUACUGGUAUUUGUCAAAUGCUCGUGGUUUUUGUUGAGUUGUAUAAGUCUUGGUCCCUUUCCCAUUCAAGCUUCUGUUUUGUGAAUGGUAACUUGGUUAAAUUACUUACUUGCAUAACAAAAAUAUACAGUUGUAAAAUUCAAUGAAGUGGGAACCAUGACUUAGUUCACUUGUCUUGGGAAAGUGUAAGGCCAACAGCAA